ACAAAAACUAAUAAAAAAGGUCAAACAUGGUUCACACACCAAGAAUCUGAGGAAGGAAGGAUCAGCAAGAAUUGUUGCCAGCCUGGGCUGCACAGGAAGGAACACAGGGUGAGAGACAUUAUGCUACUGUCUGUCUCUGGUCUCUGGCCUUGGUUUUUGUUUUUUGAUUUUUGUUUUUUUUUUUUUCUUUUUUAAAAUCUCCCUGUGUACCUUACACUGGCAGCAAUCCUCCUGCCAGAGCCUUUCCAGUGUUGUUGAAUAGUCUCACUUUUAGACGACCCCAUAUCCAGCCUUAGUUCUGUAGUGUUUGUCCCUUCCGUCCCUGCACCCCUCCACUCCUGCCCCACACCGGUCUCUGCUGGAGUCCUCCCCGGGGACAUGUCGCCAUUGGGCUGUUUUUUCAUUCCCAAAAUGGAGCAGGAAUUUCUUGGGUCCGUUUCUUAUUAUAAAAGUGACGUCAGGGGAGAAAAGGAACGGCCCACACCGCUUCAGUGGGAGCGUCCCGGCAGGUAACUAACCCUGGCCAGAACGACUGCGCCCACAACCUCAUAGGCUAGAUGGAUGACAGAUGGGGAGCUGAGGCCACACAGUGAGUUCCAGUACUAGGGCUGGAACUGCAACCUGGGGUGCAGGACACAUCUGUCAUUCCAGCUCCUCAGGAGAUUGUCAGGAUGACUAGGAGUUCCAGGCUGGUCUGGGCCACUUCAUAGGGUCAGAAGCAGCCUUGGGACUAACAGUGGUCAGGCAGUCAAAGACUGCCUCAAAGAAAGGUUAUUUUGUGCCUGGGUCAUUGAAGACUCUGUAGGAGUUCUCCGCAGGAGCUCGAGCCCCGCUAACCAGCCCACCUUGUCUCCCAGGUGCGCCAGAGCCUGCGUCAGCCCAACAUCCCAGUCACCUGCAUCUGAUGGGGUGUUGACCCCCUCAUCACGUCAGGCUCAGGAGCCAUGUGGCCCAACAGCACCUCGCUGGGGGCAUGCUUCCGCCCGGUGAACAUCACGCUGCAGGAGCGACGUGCCAUCGCAUCGCCAUGGUUCGCGGCAUCCUUCUGCGCACUGGGCCUGGGGUCCAACCUGCUGGCGCUGAGUGUGCUGGCUGGGGCGCGACCCGGGGCAGGACCCCGCUCCUCCUUCCUCGCUCUGCUGUGCGGCCUCGUCCUCACCGACUUCCUGGGGCUGCUGGUCACCGGCGCUGUCGUGGCGUCGCAGCACGCAGCCUUGUUGGACUGGCGAGCCACUGAUCCCGGUUGCCGCCUUUGCCACUUCAUGGGCGCGGCCAUGGUGUUCUUCGGGCUGUGCCCCCUGCUCCUGGGGGCCGCGAUGGCCGCCGAGCGCUUCGUGGGCAUCACAAGGCCCUUCUCACGACCUGCGGCCACGUCGCGCCGCGCCUGGGCCACUGUGGGGCUGGUGUGGGUGGGGGCCGGGACUCUCGGGCUGCUGCCACUGCUGGGGCUCGGCCGCUACAGUGUGCAGUACCCCGGCUCCUGGUGCUUCCUGACGCUCGGGGCGGAGCGCGGCGACGUGGCCUUCGGGCUCAUGUUCGCCCUCCUGGGCAGCGUGUCCGUGGGGCUGUCCCUCCUGCUCAACACCGUGAGCGUGGCCACGCUCUGCCGCGUCUACCACGCGCGCGAGGCCACACAGCGCCCCCGGGACUGUGAGGUGGAGAUGAUGGUUCAGCUUGUAGGCAUCAUGGUGGUGGCCACGGUGUGCUGGAUGCCCUUGCUGGUCUUCAUCCUGCAGACCUUGCUGCAGACGCUACCUGUCAUGAGCCCCUCCGGACAGCUGUUGCGGACCACGGAGCACCAACUGCUCAUCUACCUGCGUGUGGCCACGUGGAACCAGAUCUUGGACCCCUGGGUCUACAUCCUCUUUCGGAGGUCUGUGCUUCGACGCUUGCAUCCAAGGUUCACUUCCCAGCUCCAGGCUGUGUCCUUGCGCUCACCCCCCACACAGGCCAUGCUCAGUGGACCCUGAAGGACGGGACCAAUCAAAGCUGGGGUUCUUGGUGACUGCUAACGACCUGUCUCCUGUCCCAGGAGCCUGAAUGUUUGGUGGGAUGGAGUUACAACACAGGGCUGACUCCUGUGAACUACAAAGAUACCUCCUCCAUGCUAGAGAGAUCCUCCCUGGCCUCCCCAGACUACUUGUCAGCUAGGAGGUUGGAGCAUAUGUGGGAGGUCCCUUGCAGGAAUCUAUGGUUACACAGAGAGAACCUGGGGUGCCGAUGGCAUCUCCCAUCUUGCCAUAGUCUGAGUCUAUCUCAGCCCCAUCGUCCCGGGGCUUCAUGUUUGUUCCUUUAGGCUCAAGGAUCAUCGGCCUUGGGUGUUGGAAGCACCCACUGUGGUCCCAGUAGCUGGCUCUGGAGUCACCAACCUCUCCAGUGUUUACUGAGCCCCCUUCCCCCACGGCUAUCCAACACACAUGCUCAAUAAAUGGUUGAAUGUCCGGGUAUACAGCAGGCGCUCAGCCAAGCGUC